AACUCAUUAUAAGAGACUGUAAACCUGUGGAAAAUGGCCUUUAGUGAUCUUACAUCGAGAACUGUGCGUCUCUAUGACAAUUGGAUCAAAGAUGCUGAUCCAAGAGUUGAAGACUGGCUCCUCAUGUCCUCGCCUCUUCCACAAACCAUCAUCCUUGGACUUUAUGUCUAUUUUGUCACUUCUCUGGGACCCAAGUUCAUGGAGAACCGGAAGCCCUUUGAACUCAAGAGAGCGAUGAUAACGUACAAUUUUUUCAUAGUCCUUUUUUCUGUGUAUCUGUGUUAUGAGUUUGUGAUGUCUGGAUGGGGCACAGGUUACUCAUUUCGAUGUGAAAUUGUUGAUUAUUCACAGUCACCUGAAGCUUUGCGUAUGGCACGCACCUGCUGGCUUUAUUACUUCUCCAAAUUUAUUGAGCUGUUAGAUACUAUCUUUUUUGUUCUGCGUAAGAAAAAUAGCCAAGUUACUUUCCUGCAUGUCUUCCAUCACACCAUCAUGCCAUGGACCUGGUGGUUUGGAGUCAAAUUUGCUGCAGGGGGCUUGGGGACAUUCCAUGCUUUUCUAAACACAGCUGUACAUGUGGUCAUGUAUACCUACUAUGGAUUGUGUGCAUUGGGACCAGCCUACCAGAAGUAUUUGUGGUGGAAGAAAUAUUUGACAUCAUUACAAUUGGUCCAGUUUGUUAUCGUCACCAUCCACAUAGGCCAGUUCUUUUUCAUGGAGGAUUGCAAGUACCAGUUUCCAGUCUUUGUGUAUAUCAUUAUGAGCUAUGGAUUCAUCUUUUUGCUGCUUUUUCUCCACUUCUGGUACCGUGCUUACACCAAAGGUCAAAGACUACCUAAAACUGUGAAAAAUGGAAUCUGCAAAAGCAAAGAUCACUGAACUCAAAGCACACCAUCUAUGACUCUGUGGUUGACACUGAGAGUUAUUCUUUCUUGACAAUCAACACAU